AUGAGUCGCAGUGCGUUUGCGGUUCGUCGCAGCUUCCACCCGCUCUCGACAGGCAGGAUAGUGCCUUCCCCGAUUGAUAUGAUCCUUCCCCGAUCACGACACGCCCUCAGUAGCUUCCAGAUAGGCUCUGCGAUACGAUAUACGUCACAGAAGACGGCCCGAAAGUACUCGUCCUUCACGGAGAAGCUCGCCGACCCCGCCAACAAGCUCCAGAGUUACAUUUCGCGCAGCAGCGACCCGUACCUCAACCUCUCUAUCGAAGACCACAUUCUGCGCAAGAGCCCUGCCGACAGCACUGUUCUUUUUCUUUACGUGAACAGGCCUUGCGUCGUCAUCGGGCGAAACCAGAACCCGUGGACGGAGGUCAAUCUGGACAUCCUCAACGCCGCCCGCGGAGCCCACGACGCCAAAGACACCGAGCCCCCGGGCAUCGGUACGGUCGACCUUGUACGUCGACGCUCCGGCGGAGGUACUGUCUUCCAUGAUGAGGGGAAUCUUAAUUGGAGCAUCACAUGUCCCCGCGGCGACUUCACACGCGACUUGCACGCCGAGAUGGUCGUUCGCGCCUUGCGGAAGCUGGGCAUCGAGCGCGCCAGAGUCAACGAGCGACAUGACAUCGUUCUCGAUCAAGGGCAUGAGAGGCACACCGCUGACCUUGGAGACACGCAUCGCACGCCCUACACCACCGACGAAGGCGGGCCAAGGCCGCUGAAGGUAUCUGGCUCAGCAUACAAGCUAACACGCCAACGCGCCUUGCACCAUGCGACGACGCUGCUGAGUUCUCCAAACCUGCACAUCAUACCCCACUACUUGCGAUCUCCCGCGAAGAGUGUCAUACAAGCCCAGGGCGUCGAGAGUGUCAGCUCGCCUGUGUCCAACAUCGGUCUCGACGUGUCGACAUUCCAGGAACGUCUGCAAGAGGAGUUUGCAUCAAUGUAUGCUGAGUUGGGGGCUCCAAGCAUCGUCCAAACUGUCGGCGAAGAGCACCUGAACAUCCCCGACAUCCACAAGGGAUACGACGAGCUACAGACCGAUGAGUGGAUGUGGUCCCAGACCCCUGCCUUCAGCCUCGUGCUUGACCCUAAGGAUGACAUCGGUCUCCAGAUGAAAGUGCAUCAUGGUGUUAUCAAGAGCCUGGAUCUCGAGAACUCCAGCCUCUCGGACGACAUUCGAGCAAGACUUCAGACCGCGCUAGUCGGUAUGAAGUUACAGGAUGUCUGGAACUCAAAGACUGUCCUGCAGAUAAGCGAUCAAAGCCGAGAUGGUCAACUUGCGACUGCAGCCAGGCGACUGAGGGAGCUCUUGCCUGUACCCGAACUAUUCAGGCGUUGA